AUGAAAAUUCCAAAUAAUGCGACAAUAAUUGAAUUAUCACCUGGAACGGGUUUCUUAACAUAUGCAUUUUUACAUCAUACAAAUGCACGAAAGAUAAUUGCAUUAGAAAGAGAAAAAAAAUAUGCAGAUGAAUUAUCAUUAUUAGCAAAGGAAUCGGAUGGUAGAUUAGAAGUAUUACAUGCUGAAAUUUGGGAAUGGAAAACUUAUGAUAUGUUAAAACAUUAUUUAAGUGACAUAAAAGUUCAUCCUUGGGAAGAAGUUCAUCCCAAUUUAAUUUCAACAAUUCAUCUUCCAAAUACAACGAAAGGGGAAAUUUUGAUGAAUAAGUUAUUAAGAAAUUGUCAUAAUAAAAGUGGAAUUCAUUAUUUUGGUAGAUCACGUAUGAAUUUUAUUAUACCUGAAAAAUCUGCUGAGAAAUUCUUAGCAAAGAAAGGAGAAUCACAACGACAUAAAAUAAAAAUCGAAUUAGAAGGUGUAGCAGUUACUGAAAUAUUAAAAGUUUUGUCCGCAAAUGCUUUUCUUCCAAAUGUCCAAUGUGUAUUAUUUGAAAUAACUCCGCUUAUUGAAUCAAAAAUAACAGCUCCAUGGGUAACAUUUGAAUAUGUAAUAAAAGCUUUAACAACAAGAAAAAAUGCUAAAUUAAUUGAAAUGCUAAGUACAUUGGGAGCUGGAGCAAAUAUAUUAGCAGAAAAAUUAUCAUUUAAUCCCAAUUUGCCAAUAAGAAGUAUGACUGUUGAAAAUUAUAAUGAAGUUACUGUUAUAUUUGAAGAUUGGGAUUUUAAACCUAAAGCACUUGAUGAUGAUUAUUUGACUAAUAUUUUUAAUUGA